UAGCUGCCAGCCCUGGCCCAUCAUGUAGCUGCAGCACAGCCUUCCCUAACGUUGCAACUGGGGGAAAAAUCACUUUCCAGUCUGUUUUGCAAGGUGUGCAUUUCCAUCUGGAUUCCCUGAAAGUCCAUCUGCUGCCUCGGUCAAGAGAAACUCCACUUGCAUGAAGAUUGCACGCCUGCAGCUUGCAUCUUUGUUGCAAAACUAGCUACAGAAGAGAAGCAAGGCAAAGUCUUUUGUGCUCCCCUCCCCCAUCAAAGGAAAGGGGAAAAUGUCUCAGUCGAAAGGCAAGAAGAGAAACCCUGGCCUUAAAAUCCCAAAAGAAGCAUUUGAACAACCUCAGACCAGUUCCACGCCACCUCGAGAUUUAGACUCCAAAGCUUGCAUUUCUAUUGGAAAUCAGAACUUUGAGGUGAAGGCGGAUGACCUGGAGCCUAUAGUGGAGCUGGGCCGGGGGGCGUACGGGGUGGUGGAGAAGAUGCGGCAUGUGCCCAGCGGGCAGAUCAUGGCGGUGAAGCGGAUCCGGGCCACAGUAAAUAGCCAGGAGCAGAAAAGGUUACUGAUGGAUUUGGAUAUUUCCAUGAGGACCGUGGACUGUCCUUUUACGGUCACCUUUUAUGGCGCACUCUUCCGUGAGGGGGAUGUCUGGAUCUGCAUGGAGCUCAUGGACACGUCCCUAGAUAAAUUCUACAAACAAGUGAUCGAUAAAGGCCAAACAAUUCCAGAGGACAUCUUAGGGAAAAUAGCAGUUUCUAUUGUAAAAGCAUUAGAACAUUUGCACAGCAAGCUCUCUGUCAUUCAUCGAGAUGUCAAGCCUUCCAAUGUGCUCAUCAACACCCUGGGCCAGGUGAAGAUGUGCGAUUUUGGAAUCAGCGGCUACCUUGUUGACUCCGUCGCUAAAACUAUCGAUGCAGGAUGCAAACCGUACAUGGCCCCCGAGAGAAUAAACCCAGAGCUCAACCAGAAGGGAUACAGCGUGAAGUCCGACAUUUGGAGUCUGGGCAUCACCAUGAUCGAGCUGGCCAUCCUUCGGUUUCCCUAUGAUUCGUGGGGAACUCCUUUUCAGCAGCUCAAACAGGUGGUGGAGGAGCCGUCGCCACAACUCCCCGCAGACAAGUUCUCCGAAGAGUUUGCUGACUUUACCUCACAGUGCUUGAAGAAGAAUUCCAAAGAGAGGCCAACAUAUCCAGAGCUUAUGCAACAUCCAUUUUUCACCCUACACGAAUCCAAAGCGACAGAUGUGGCAUCUUUUGUAAAAUCGAUUCUUGGAGACUAGAAACGACGGACUCCAUCAGCUGACCCUCCUGUGGACUGGUGGGUUUAACGGCGUGAAGCAAGUUCACUGAAGCGCCAACAGAAACUCGUCUUUGAGAUAAUUUAAUCCUGCCUCUCAGAAGGAUUUUUCUCCCCAUUUUUUUUUUUCCCCUCCAAAGGGGGCCUUGGAAUCUAUAGUAUAGAAUGAACUGUCUAGAUGGAAGAAAUAUGAUAAAGGCUUAGGACUUAAAAAAGGUGAUUAAAUAUUUAAUGAUGUAUCAUAUGAGUCCUUAGGCUUUUCAGACUUCUCUUGUUCUUUACAAAAUGAAUGCAUUGGCCCUGGUAAAAAGGUGCUACAGUGGUGAUGAAAUUGUAAGUAGAUCUGUGGUUUGUCCCACUUAUUAUUUUAAUAUUUAUGUUUAAGCGCUUGGUUGAAAAGAUUCCAUUUUAUGCAAGGAGGGAGAGACAAAAGACAAGAUUGGGUUGGCAGUAUUUAUAGGCUUUUUCAUUUUUUAAGUUCAGUCGUGUCUGUGGUCCAGAAGAAGUUAUUUAAUGUGCAUCUUUAAGAGUAUUAUAAAAGUAUCCACCAGGAGCUCUUGUGAAGUAUCUGUCCCAGCUGUUGUGGCUGCUGCCGUGUUCCUAAAUUUCUGCUCCAUCCUGGGGAAUAACCACAUUUUCUGGUGAAGUGGCAAGGUAUCCUGGUCAUACUCUUUUCCCAACUUUGGAAAACAUAAAAUCACUUUUAUCACAGCUCAAAGAGUCACAGAUUUGGUUCUCUUGACAUUUGUGUUACACUAUUAAUGGAAUGUGACUCGUGAUGUGAUUUUCUAUCAUCUGUCUAUCCUUCUACACGUGCGCGCGCAUGUGUAUGUUUGUAUUUGAUGUCACAAAUUCUGCCAAAUGGCUCUUAUAAAUAACGUCUAAUAUCUAUAAAUACCAUCUAAGGAGGACGUUUGUCAGUCCUAAGGGGAAAUACGUCAUACCACACAGAGAAUCAGUGCCUUCCUCUGCUUUUCCCCCUCCUACGAUGUAUAAGCCCCAAGGAUUGCCUUUGUUGUUACUGUACUCUUGCUUUUUUUUUUUGGUUUUGUUUUCUGUUCAGUGAAGAAGCCUUACUAUAAAUGCAAGGGCUGCAGUAGAAGAAAAUUAAAGGCAGUGAGUCGUUCUCUGAUAAGGUGAGAAGAUAAUGGGAAGGGCUGAAUGAAUUCCUGGAAGUAGAGGCCACAUUUCCACAGGCCGAGUUCAAGGCACGUCCUUCUUCAGCAGUGGAUCGCUCCACGGUGGGAGGCCAGCUCCAUGGUGGAUUCCUAACAGGCGGACGAGGCAACAAAAGCUCUUUCUCACGGCCAGAUACACCCACGGGUUCUCUGAUCUGGGGCUUGAGGUUCCUCAAAGGUCCAAGAGUGAAGUGGUCCACAGGGAAAAUACGACUGAGAACCACCAGGAAAACACUGUGUUAAUACAAAGCCACUCUUGCAGCACAAGGGCAGAGAACUUUUAUUAAAAGAAAAAAGAACACACUCUGUUGUUCCUUUCUUGGCCUCAAGUUCACAAAUAUGGAGAGAAGACUGCUCCCUUGAAUACUCCGCUUUUUCCCCUUUUAGAUUGUGAGGGGCAAUCAUAUCUUUUUCUCUCUUUGCAUGUUUCCCUUGUUCUUGGCAUCCAGCUCAUGCCCAGAGAGGGUAUGGCUCGUCCAUACACUUCUUCAUCUUCAGUUCCAAGACAUACCUGUUUGAUAAACAUCAAGUUCAUCUGCUUUGAUGCUACCCCGGUCUUCAUCUUUCUCCAGCCAGAAAAAAGGGUAUUAUCCCAGUUAUUAUUGCCAUUCACUUUCCUACCCUUCUUUCUAAAUCUGGAAGUUUCUCUCUUUGAGACCCAGAGAAAAAAAUCAAAACUGUAUUCAUUCAUCUUCUGAGAAAAGAAAGUAGCAGAAAACUGUCUGAGGCCAUUUCAUGCCAGCUUUUGGUGAGAUAUGCGAAGCAAGACAUCUGUCUGGUCUGGGCCAGAUGCUCUUACCUCUCGCUCAGUGUGAUCUCUACUUUGAAAUUUUCUUAACUAACUGUGUGUCUCAUGUGUACCCAUCUCCAGUCUGUGAGCCCGGGGCCUGGAAUCACAAAACAAGUACACCCGGGGAGAGGAGUUAGUCAACGGUUCUCAACCCUGGUGCACACUGGCAUCACUGGGAGCUUGUGAACGCUGUUAAUGCCAAGGCCCCAGAGAGUCUCACUUAACUGGUCAGGGUAGGACCUGGGAGCAGGCAGUUUUCACAGGCCACUACUGUGAUUCUGAUGUGCAGCAGGGUUGACAGCAUGGUCUACUACCCCCUAGGGAGAGAGACGGAAUACUGAUUUGAAAUUUGGGAUACCUUUUCCCCAUAGAAACGAUGUUUUACAUGGUGAUUAGGCACCUUACAUACUAAAGUAGAAUGGCCUGAUAGCCUUACAAGUCUAAAGUUUAGAAUUUUUUUAAGAACUGUGUUAUAAGUUCUAAACAACUAAUUUUAAAAUAAAUAUAGAGAUGCAUAAACUAUAUUUAGGUUGAUGUAAGUUGGGAGUCUCCUGUACAUACGUGUGUGUGUGUGUGUGUGUGUGUGUGUGUGUGUGUGUGUGUAGAGAGAGAGAGAAGAAAUCCCUGUCCAGGGAUGAUACUCAAAAUAUUUCAUGUGCUACCAGCAUGGACCAUCUGAAUAUUAGCCUUGCCUAUAAUUAUCAGUGUAUCAGAAAGUCAAUAUAUCUCUAUAAAAGAGAUCAUGCUCUUCUUUCCACAAAUGUAUUUGAUUUGGUGUGAUAUAAUUACCCACAUUAUAUAUUGUCUUUAUGUUGAUAAAAAUAUCCAUUUCUCUAUAUGUUGUUGGCUUCAGAGGUAUGCCAGAAAAGUAAUGUGAGUGACUUUUAGGACAAUUGCCGUUUACGUGUGUGUAUCAGUAAGGGUUGCCCUUCAGAGGAAACACUUUCAGGAUUCUUUAUGUGAAUAAUGCUACUAAAUAUCUUGGCCACUUCUCCUUCAGAAAAGGCUUCAGAGUCCACGUCCUCCCCCACACGUGUCGCAUGGGGAAUCACCAUUUUAUAAUUAUUCCUUAGUUGUUUGUUUGUUUUUACAAAAACCCUUACCAGGUAUGUUCCUCUGUUUUACCCACCUUGCGUAUCAGACUUAGCACCAAGCUGUGCUUGGCAACUUCUAGAAGUCAAAGUUGCCCUCAGAGCUGGAGGUUCAUCAUUGACAACUUUUAAAUGUCCUUUUAGAAGACCAUGCAUUGGCUCUGAAGAUAAUUUCAAAUGUAGAUUUCUCAAAAAAGCACGUGCUCGUUUUUAAGCAAAGUCAACCUCCCCGGAGUAAGUGUAGAGCCUCCCCAGUGGUGACUAAAGGAGAAGGAAAUCACACAGAUGUGUGUACUUCAUGAUAAAAUAUCAGAGAGCCCCCAGUUUCCCAGCUGGCAACUUCUAUCAGCCCCAAUGUGGAAGAACCGUCCGUUCUUCUAGUGUCUGUGUUUGGUCACACUGAUGUAAUCAGAACAAAUUGGUUACAUACGCCGCUUCUCUCGUGCUUACACAGUCUGAGAUGGAAAAUGAGUAUGUGUGUGUACAGCUCAGAACUGUCUGUCUUUUACCGUGCUUGUAUAUCCUCCAAGCCUAACCCAAAAAUGUAUGUGCCAGAGAUUCCCAAACAUCCUCUGUUCAGGGUGCCAUUGAUUGUCUUAGUAACUUUUUCCACGGUGCCCUAGGCCAAAAGAAAUACUUAAUAGUUCCAUUUAUUAAGUCGUUAGGUCCACAAAACUUUUUUUGUCUUCAUGUUAAAACAGUUUAUUAAACUAGCAAGGAGAAGUCGGUAAUUGAAAUGACAAUAAACAGUACCAUUUACAGGAGCAUCAAAAACCUCAAAAUGCUUAGGGACAGAUUUAGCAAAAUAGACACAACACCUGAACAGUGAAAACUAUACAAUGUUUCAGAGAGAAAUGAAGGAGACCUGAAUAAAUGGAACGAAAUAUUAUGUUCCUGCGUUGGAAGAUAUUGUUUUCAUAUCAGUUCUUUCCAAAUUGAUUUAUAGAAUCAAUGCACUCUCAAUAAAAAUUCCAGCAGGUUUUAAAAAUAUAUAAAUUGACAAGUUGAUUCUAAAAUUUAUAUAGAAGCACAAAAGAUCUUAAUAGCUCAAACAGUUCAGGAACUUUUUUUUUUUUUCCUGCUACACCAUCGGGCAAACAUAAAGUACAGUUAAAAUGAUACCCGGAAACUCCUCAUGGGAGCAUAUUUAAGUAUUUGCUCUGGCAAUUUACCUAAAAGAAUGUUUUCUCUUCACCUAGGGAAAUAAAACCUGAAUUCCUGAGCCUUCAAAGUGAAACUAUCCUUCUGGGGGAAGCAUAUUGCCACCAAAUACAUCACUCACCACCUGUUCCUGGUUUCUGCAAAGAAGAUGUGUCAUUUUUCUGAGGUUUAGAGAGUCUGUGUUUACAGCUCUACAAAUAUCAUUCUACCAUUGCAGGUUUUCUAAUGGAGCCAUUUGGAAUCAAGACUUCACCUGGGGUUUAUUCUUUUCAGUUCCUGACCCAAACUCCUAUUGCAAGCGACAUUUCUCUAAAAGCCUUUUUUGUAUCUGAGGGAAGAGAACUGAGGGAAGAGAACUGGGCCUCAGAAAAAACAUAAAGCAAGGUCAAGGACUUUGUGAUAGGGAUUCUUUUCUUUAAAAAGAAGCCGAUAGCACCUCAUAACACAAACAUGUGUUAACAGAAUUUAAAAAUAUCCAGCCUUGUUCCCUUGGACUGUCAGUAUCUUGACCUCACUUUUGUCAUUUGAACUAGGAUAUCAAGCCCUUCAUUCUUGGGAGUUUACAGUUAGAUUUUGGGAGAUUUGCACUGUAUUUCUUUCUUACAGUUGUCAGUAUGGACAUAUGUCUCUGUGGACACUUAAUCCUGACACACGUGAGUUUUGCCCAGGUUACACUUUUGCAUUUCUGGGUUUCAAGGUCUCUUUCGAGGAAUGAGGCUAAUGCUCUUAUGACUUGGAGACUGAGUUCAGGGAAAGCACGGGGCAGUGUAGGCACUUACUUGUGUCUUAAUAUAGGAAAAAACAAAACAAAACAGAACUUCCUAAGUAAACCCCAGGGUUUGUGGCUUUGGCCAGGCCAUCAGGGUCUUUUCUGUUUUUCUUGAGUGCAUUUGCUUGCUAUUCCUCUGCCGGUUACAGAUGAACUGGGUUGACUUAACACUUCUGUGGAAAGGAAGUGAUCCAACCAUUUUCAUAUAUCAAAAGUCAGAAUCAGCAGUUUUGCAUUGGUCUUGCCUACGUGGACUCUAUUGUUCUCAGAUCGUGAAAUGGUGAGGGACAGCUAAGAGAACUUGUAGCAAAGCUCUCAUUCACAAUAUUAAGAUCUUAUAAUAAAACUUCCAUUUGGCCUUUAAAGAAGAGCAGCUGGGUUGGCUACGUCUUCCUCCAAAGUCACAUUCUACUGUGGCCAGGAAUGAACAAUUAGCAUCAUUUGGUCACUACCAGUGUUUGUGUUGGAGCCUGCAAGCUAUUUCAAUAGAGCAAGUCAAGCCACUGCCCUAGGGGAUUGUCAUCGGACUUUGUAGUUUCAGGCUAAACAGUGAUGUGAAAUUGUGCUUGGGGCCUCGAAGAAAAGAUAAAUGCAAAGGGCUGGCAUCCCAUGGAAGAGCAAGCUGAUAAGAGAAGCAGACAGAUAUAUCCCUUAAUUUAUUUUCAGUAAUACUAUAAAGAUGAUCUCCCAUGGGAAAAUCUAUCAAAAAGCCAAGCCUUUAUUAUUAUUUUUUUUCUUCAAAAUAUUGAACUAUAAGAGGAUUCAGAAAGUGGCAUAGAUUUGGAUAUCAGAGAAUUUUCUCGUUUCCCUAGUGUUACUGAUUCUACAGAGACCAUUUAAACUGAUGGCGCCCAGAAAAGAAGGUACAUGAUUAGAGGGGUGAUAAAGCAUUUUGAGAGUAUGCAACCCAUCUAUCGGCUGCCUUCUGGGUAAAGAAAAAUGAACACAAAACCAAGCCUCCUAACGUUUAGUUCCGGGGGCAAACAUUUUUAAGAAAGGUGGACACCAAAGGUUAUCUGAUGAGCAUACUUUUUUCACAAUGCAGAGAACUGUGAAUGUUCAUAGAAAUACACUACAGGUCUUCACCAGAAGAGCUAGAAUUUAUAAUUAAAAAAAAAAAAAGCUAGUUUGAAUUU